GACCGUGACCGUGUCAGAGCGAACGUCGGCUUGUCUAACUUGUUCAGUUUCUCUGGACUCAAUGGCUAAAAAGCAAGCGGCCGGUGAUAAAAAGGGAGGCGGAUCCAAGCAGCCCAAAGACGACGAUUCUUCGUCCAAAGGGAAAGGCGGAUUGAAACCUGCAACCGCCAUCAAUGUACGCCAUAUCUUGUGCGAGAAGCAUUCAAGAGCUUCAGAGGCUUUGCAGAAGAUACAGGAGGGGCAGCGAUUUGAUAAGGUUGCACAGGAAUACUCGGAGGAUAAGGCUAAAGCGGGAGGAAGCUUGGGAUGGAUGACUCGGGGAUCCAUGGUGGGGCCGUUUCAGGACGCUGCAUUUGCGUUGACUCCUUCAACUGUUGACAAGCCCAUACUAUCUCCUCUUGUCAAGACGAACUUUGGCUACCACGUUAUCAUGGUCGAAGGCAGGCGUUGAAGAUAUUUGCCCGCACUUGCUGUUCUUGCCGGAUGCUUGCUUUUCGUUUACACCAAGCAAGUUAUACAUUAACCGCAUCUUCAACAUGCAUUGCUGUAGUAUUGUAUCUGGAAGCUCGCCAUGUACAUGACCGACGCCCUCAAGUCGUCCAUAUAACCCAUUCAACCGCUAACGAAUCUCUGUCGCUCGUCGCGAAUUGACGAUGAUCAUAAGUAAUGCCUAGGAUGAGUUAUUUGCUAUAUUACUCGCUAUAUGCUAUUGAUUGCUAAAUAACGUCGCCCUAUCUCCUGUGCCAGGGGAGGACACAAAACGAGGGAAACUGGAAGGAGGAUGCAGACGGGGCUGUAAAGGUGAUUGUGGUAGCGGAAGAGGGAAUGGCUGGCCUGAUGGAGACUUCGAAAAUGAUGAUGCACCGGGACGGGCAGGGCUAAGAAGGUCGCUGAUGCGUAUGCGAGACCCCGGUGUAGUCAUGUUGUCAGAAGACUCAGUCACAGAUGACAACGGCGUAUUUCCCGACAUUGCAGUCAUGAUAGGGUACAAGCUAACAUCUUGCCGAUAGGGUGUCAACUCAGGGAAUGCGGAGUGCACAGAUGCCUUCGUCGCAAUCUUGUCCAGCUGGAGUUCUUCGGCAUGGUUCUUGUAAUAAUUGCUAACCUGCGCAGUCGUCUGGGCGCUAUUAGCCGACUCCUUCUGGUGGACCUUCUCAUACAGACACACCUUACUCGGCAUUGAAGCAGCAAUGCGCUUGAAGUCGUCCCCAUACUGACCCAGGAGGGUAAGGAAAAGUGCUAUCCUACGAGUCAGCCCUUCGAGUCCCGUUUCGAAAGGGUUAAUCACUCCGUACAUUUAUCGGCGUCGC